AUCCUCCGCAGCACCCUGAUGGUGAGGGUCGGAGGUGGCUGGACCGCUCUGGACGAGUUUCUGGUCAAGAAUGAUCCCUGUAGAGUAAAGGGUCGGACUAACCUAAAGAUCAAGGAGAAGUACUUGUCUCCUGCUGGAGGCUCCUCAAAGGGUUUGACUGUCAGCAGGUCCAACUCCAGCCUCAGCCUCUACAGCAGUGCCUCCGCCCCCACCAGCCCCAUGACACGCAAGGCAUUGCUCCGCAGGAGUUUAUCGGGUGACCGCUGUAUCCGACCCAGGAGCUCCAUAGCUGCUUUGGGAUCUGAUCUACAGUUUGCCACUCCAGGGGAGGACAAGUCCCCUUCACCAUCAGAAGAAGCCGAGCGCUUGCCCACAUGAUCACCUUUGCCUCUGAGCGCCAUGUGCUUGCUACAGCGGCGGACCCAAACACAGCCUCAGGGUCCUGAAGCAGAGGCC